CGGCGGCGGCUUCGGGCCCCUCCGACCCCCUGCACCCGGCAGCGGCGGCGGCAGCUGCGGCCCAGGAGCUGAACCACCCGGAGCUGGAGGAAGGGCCGAGCUCCAAGAAGCGGGCCCGGCUGGAGGCCGAGUCGGCGGCCGGCUCGGGUUCGGGCUCGGCGGCCGGCGGUGCGGCGGGCGGAGCGGCGGCCGGGGCCAAGGCCGGCAUGGAGCACAAGCUGGAGGAGAGGCUGUACUCGGUGCUGUGCUGCACCGUCUGCCUGGACCUACCCAAAGCUUCAGUCUACCAGUGCACGAAUGGUCACUUGAUGUGUGCAGGCUGUUUCAUUCACCUGCUGGCUGAUGCCAGACUGAAGGAGGAACAGGCCACCUGCCCGAACUGCCGCUGUGAGAUCAGCAAGAGCCUGUGCUGCAGGAACCUGGCCGUGGAAAAGGCGGUGAGCGAGCUUCCCAGCGAGUGCGGCUUCUGCCUGAAGCAGUUCCCACGCUCCAUUCUCGAGAGACACCAGAAGGAGGACUGCCAGGACAGAGUGACACUGUGUAAAUACAAGCGGAUUGGAUGCCCGUGGCAGGGGCCAUUCCAUGAGCUAACUGCUCACGAGGGAGAAUGUGGCCACCCCACCAAGACUGGCAACGAACUGAUGGAAAUCCUGGAUGAAAUGGACCAAAACCACAAGAAGGAGAUGCAACUGUACAAUAGCAUUUUCAACCUGCUUAGCUUCGAGAAAAUAGGAUACACAGAAGUUCAGUUUAGGCCCUAUCGAACAGAUGACUUCAUCACCAGGCUCUACUACGAGACCCCAAGGUUCACCGUGCUCAACCAGACGUGGGUCCUGAAGGCACGCGUUAACGACUCCGAGCGCAACCCCAACCUGUCCUGCAAGCGCACCCUGUCAUUCCAGCUCAUCCUGAAGAGCAAGGUCAACUCCCCGAUGGAGUGCUCCUUCCUCCUUCUGAAGGGUCCCUAUGAUGAUGUCAAAAUUAACCCCGUCAUCUACCACUUCGCCUUCACCAAUGAGAACAAUGAAACAGACUAUAUGCCGCUGCCUAUCAUAGACUCUGUCGAAUGCAACAAACUGCUAGCGGCCAAAAACAUUAACCUGAGGCUCUUUAUAUUUCAGAUACAGAAGUAG